CGAAAUCAAAACAAACGCAAAAAAAAAAAACUGCAAAUUUGAACAAGAUCUCACAAGUUUAAUUUAAAUAGUAAGUUUUGCUUGAAAAUUGUUAGUAAAACAUCAAACAAGUUGAAAAUUAAACCAUCUUGUAAAGUGCCAUCUACUCAACAAAUCUGUGAUAGCGAAAAAAUCUCUAAAAACAAAAUGCUCCAGCAAGAGCAACUGCUCAAAGUGGACCGGCCGUGUCCGGAUCCGGACCCGAAAGUUGCCGCAGAAUCGGCCCCUCCGCCGCCGGCCACCUACCAGAUGAGGCCCACGCAGACGUUCAAGUCGGAAAAGAUCAAGCAAAUCAUCGGCACGGUGCUGAACGAUACGUUGAGCGGCCAAACCUACACCGCCCUGGACGCCGCCCGCUGGACCAAAUCGCUCGCCGACGAAAUCAGCCUCAAGGUGAAGGACCUGGAGAUGAAACGGUACAAGCACGUCGUCCAGGUCGUCCUGGGCCAACAGCUUGGCGCCGGCUGCAAGUACAUCGCCCGCUGUCGCUGGGACGCCGAGUGCGACAACCAGACGUCGGCCGAGUUCAAGAACGCCACCAUCUUCUGCAUCGUGACCGUGUUUGGGCUGUAUCUGUAUUGAGUAUUUUUUUUUCUGUAAGGGUUUUAAUUGGGUUUAAUUGAUUGUACACUAUUGAUGCUUGAGCGAGACGAGCACCAGAACAGAAUAGACGGAUCUGCUUUUGCGCAA